AUGGAUUUUUCAUUCGAGAACUCCCAGAACGCUGCUCCAGGAUUCCCUACCAUGGCUGAACAACAGAAACUCGGCGCUUCACCGCGGAAGGCAGACAUCCAAAGUGUCACAAAACGGCUUCAAUCCGAACUCAUGAGUCUCAUGAUGUCUCCUACGCCGGGCAUCUCUGCCUUCCCUGACUCCGACGGCAACAUGCUGCACUGGACUGCCACCUUGCUCGGACCCCGAGACACAGCCUACGCGAACCUCACCUUCAAACUCAGCUUUGAGUUUCCCACCAACUAUCCGUACAGUGCCCCCAUCGUCACUUUCAAGACACCGGUCUAUCAUCCGAACAUCGACUUCAGUGGACGGAUAUGCCUCGACAUUUUAAAGGAGAAUUGGAGUGCUGUCUACAAUGUCCAAACUGUGCUGUUAAGUCUGCAGGGUCUUCUGGAAGAGCCGAACAAUAACAGCCCGUUGAACAACGAAGCGGCCCUACUUCAUCAGAACAACCGCGAGGAAUUUAACCGAAAGGUUCUGGCUCGUCACCAGGAUCUCGAGGACUAA